AUGGAAGCUCUUCAUGAUGGCUCGUCGAAUCAAAUGGGGGCAGGGAUUGGAAUCCAAUUGCGAACACCAGAAGGAACUACGCUGAGCCAAGCGAUAAGACUUGAGUUCAACGCAACCAACAAUGAGGCAGAAUACGAGGCGUUGAUAGCUGAGCUGAAGUUGGCUAAAGAACUGAAGAUCAAGAAUCUGAUUGCUUAUAGUGAUUCACAACUAGUCAUUCGGCAAGUCACUUGGGAAUAUGGGGCCAAGGAUAAGAACAUGGAAGUAUACCGAACUGCGGUUCUGCGUGAAGCAAAAGGCUUUGAUCAGAUCAAGUUCAUCCAAUUGCCAAGAGAGUAUAACGAAGAUGCCGACCGCUUGGCUUGUAGUGCAUCCAGUUCUGGAGAGACUUUGGCUAGGGUCAUCCCGGUUAACGUGCUGGUCCAACCUUCCAUUUUUUAUGAGCUGCCUAAUCCGAGCGCGCUCAACAUGUUAAUGUUAUACCAUAUGAGCCGAGCUGGAUUGAUCCGAUCAUGGCUUUCAUACGUAAUGGUGCACUCCCCGAGCAGAAGGACGAGGCAAGAAAAAUUAGGUUCAACGCGGCAAAGUAUGCCAUUGUGCGUGAUCAGUUGUAUAGAUGCUCCUUUCUCGGGUCCAUAUUUGAAGUGUGCUACCCCAACAGAAGCUAGACAGAUUAUGCGAACCAUUCAUGAGGGAGUAUGCAAAAAUCAUUCAGGAGGAAGAUCUUUAGCACACAAAACAAUGACACAAGGGUACUUCUGGCCAAACAUGGCACGAGAUGUAGAAGAAUUAUCUAGAAGAUGCGAUAAAUGCCAAAGGUUCGGGUCAUUGAUACAUCAACCACCUGAAGACCUGCACGUUCUGCUAGCAACUGAUUAUUUCACCAAAUGGGUAGAAGCAGAGCCGUACCCUAGUGUCAUCCAAACUCAAGUAAGACGCUUCAUCUGGAAUAAUAUUAUCUAUCGUUUUGGCAUACCAAGGUCAAUCGUGAUGGACAAUGGGACCAACCUUGAUAGUAAGCAAGUGAAAAAGCUGCUGGAAGAAUGUGGAAUCAACCAGAAGUUAGCAGCAGUCAGUCAUCCCCAGGCUAAUGGUCAAGCCGAAAUCACAAACAGGACAAUAUUUGCCUGCAUUAAGAAAAAGUUAGAAAAUGAAAAAGGAAAAUGGUUAGAUGAGCUUCCGAACGUCUUGUAG